AUGAGUCUGUUUCCACAUCUGGAGAACAGGGAAUACCAUGCCUUCCUCACCGAGUGUCCAGGAGAGCUGAAUCAGGUCAUAAAGCCCGUCUACGUUCCCUUCCUCAUCGUUGGUUCUAUCUUCAUUGCCUUCAUCAUCCUGGGCUCUUUAGUGGCUAUUUAUUGCUGCACCUGCUUGAGACCCAAGGAACCCUCACAGCAGCCAAUCCGCUUCUCACUCCGCAGCUAUCAGACGGAGACCCUGCCCAUGAUCUUGACUUCCACAAGCCUCAGGGCACCUUCCAGACAGUCCAGCACGGCCACCAGCUCCAGCUCCACUGGGGGUUCCAUCCGCAGAUUCUCCUUUGCCAGAGCAGAGCCGGGCUGCCUGGUGCCCUCCCCGCCUCCACCUUACACCACGGGCCACCCAAUCCACCUGACCCAGCCAUCCGGUUUCCUGGUGUCACCCCAGUACUUCGCUUACCCACUCCAGCAGGAGCCCCCGCUGCCUGCGAAGAGCUGCCCGGACUUCAGUUCCAGCUGA